CCGAGAAGCCUCCCAAGUACCCAACUCACCAGCGACGUUGGUUUACUUUCAAGCGAUGGAAGGUAACAAAGACGAAGCCAUCAAGUGUCUUUCAAUCGCACAAAAAUACAAGGAUGCUGGCAACCUCCCUUCAGCCCGCAAAUUUUGUCAAAAAUCUAUAAACUUGUUCUCCACACCUGACGCUGCAAAGUUUCUUGAGUCUAUCGAGGCCGCGGAGGCAUCUGGAUCGUCUUCCUCGUCAGCUGGGGCAGGCCCUUCAACAUCAAAUGGCAAUGCACAGGCGUCAUCGUCUUCUACAGAGACACACCCAUCCGCUUCUGGUGCUAAGCAUCGGAGUACGGGCAGUGCGAAUGGCACGGCUGGAGGAAUGGGAGGGGAGAAACGGGAAUUCACUGCUGAGCAGGUGAAGGUUGUGAAACGGGUAAAGGCUUGCAAGGUUACAGAGUAUUAUGAGAUCUUGUCGGUCAAGAAGGAUUGCGAGGAGGCUGAGAUAAAGAAGGCAUACAGAAAGCUUGCCCUUGCGCUACAUCCUGACAAGAACGGUGCUCCUGGAGCAGAUGAAGCAUUCAAGAUGGUAUCCAAAGCCUUCCAAGUGCUUUCAGACUCCCAGAAGCGAGCAAUUUACGACCAAUCCGGAUCGGAUCCAGAAUCGCGUUCUGGUGGCAUGUCCUCCCGCGGGCCCGGCUUCUCCGCAAGCCCAUUUGGUGGCGAGGGCGAGAUGAGUCCAGAGGAUCUUUUCAACAUGUUCUUCGGAGGAGGCGGUAUGGCGAUGAACCGUGGAUUUGGAGGCAGUCCUUUCGGCGGCGGUCCAGUAUUCACUGCAUCGUUUGGUCCAGGAGGCUUCCGUACGACACGUAUGCGUACAAAUAUGGGGGGUGCGCAAGCACAACAGCAGGGUGAAGGGGCACAGGGUCGUUCGCUGCUUAUGCAGCUCCUGCCCCUCAUAUUGCUUAUCGCAUUCUCAUUCCUGAGUGCAAUUCCGGAUAUGUUCUCUACGUCGAUACCCGACCCCCGGUAUUCCUUUUCAGCAUCAACACGCUUCAAUACUGAACGGCAAACGAAUGGACUGGGCAUCAAAUACCAUGUUAAUGAGCAUGAGUUCAAGAAUCAUCGGCAGAUUGCAGCUGACAUUGCUGGGGGCACCCAUCGACGCGGAUCGGCCUUGUCAAGAUUUGAAGGGCAAGUGGAACAAGUUUACACCAAUACUCUCUACAACGAUUGCCAGCGUGGAGUUGAUAAGCGGCAACGGAGGAGAGACGCAGAAGUUGGUUUAUUCGGUGUUGGCACGGACUGGGAGAAGGUAAAAGCAAUAGAGGCGGAGAAAAUAGAUAGCUGUGAAGAGCUGAAACGUCUGGGUGUCAUAAAGUCGUGAAGGUUACUUUGACACCUUGGAUUACCCUUGGACUUAUGCACACUGCUGGCUUAAUUAGUAUUACCCUGUUCGAUUCUCCAUCGUAUUCCCCGCCAACGCGGUCGCCCUAUGCUUUAUUUAUGCCAACAAUGUGGUCUUCGCUUGCUCUAUACUCGCAAUGUCACCAUGGCUGGAUUUCCAC